UGGCCGUGGUGCCGGCGGAGGCGCGGGCGGCGCGGCCAGGACUUUGGCUUUGACACGGACGGCGAGCUGGAGCUGUGGCUCUGGUGUUGGGCACCGACGCGGUCCUGGCGGAUCCCGCGUCCGAGUCGGGCGCAGGACUUUUCGCCUCGAUCAACGCAACUGCGGCGACGCCGCAAGUCCUGGUGCAGCCUCAAGACUUGGUGCAGCCACGGCGGUCGGAUUUCGCCGCCGCUGCCGCCUCCGCGCAGCCCUGCAGCUCCUGCCGGCUCUGGGAGAGCGACUCUGAGAGUUUCUCCCGCAGAAAGAGCCGGGACGCGCGGCUCGAGGAGGCCCAGCCACUGACCCGCACACGCACGGGCACCAGGAUUGGAGGCGGGGGGCCCGCGCAGUCCUGGGUUGGGCUCAGGCUUCCGAGCCGCAGGUGGAAGGACGCCCCGGGGGAGCAGCGGAGAGGUGGCCAAGUGAAAGGUACUUUUGGACACCCUGGGCAUGGAGAUUUAGCGUUUGUCUUUGGUAACCGUUUCAUUCCCUGCAUCCUGAACCUUCCCUCCUUCUGUGCCAGUAAGGUUGUUGGGCUUCCUCCCUAGCCAGAGAGUUCUUCUGUGGGGGUGAGGCCUUCCCGGGCCACUGACCCUGGCCGGCAUGGGGAGCACGCUGGGCUGCCACCGCUCCAUACCGCGGGACCCCUCGGACCUGUCCCAUAACCGCAAGUUCAGCGCUGCCUGCAACUUCAGCAACAUCCUGGUGAAUCAGGAGCGGCUCAACAUCAACACGGCCACCGAGGAGGAGCUGAUGACCCUGCCUGGUGUGACCCGUGCAGUGGCACGCAGCAUCGUGGAGUACCGCGAGUACAUCGGUGGCUUCAAAAAGGUGGAAGACCUGGCACUGGUCAGCGGCGUGGGUGCCACCAAACUGGAGCAGGUCAAGUUUGAGAUCUGCGUGGGCAGCAAGGGCAGCUCUGCGCAGCACUCUCCCAGCUCCCUGCGGCGAGACUUGCUGGCGGAGCAGCAACCUCACCACCUUGCCACGGCCGGGCCCCUCACCCCGCGUGUCAACAUCAACACGGCCACCCCGGCUCAGCUGAUGAGCGUUCGAGGCCUCACGGAGAAGAUGGCUGUCAGCAUUGUGGACUACCGCCGCGAGCAUGGGCCCUUCCGCAGCGUGGAGGACCUAGUGAGGAUGGGCGAUAUCAAUGCUGCCUUCCUCGACAGGAUCCGGCACCAGCUGUUUGCAGAGAGGUCCAGGCCCCCGUCUACCCACACCAACGGAGGCCUGACCUUCACUGCCAAGCCUCACCCCAGCCCUACCUCACUAAGCCUGCAGAGUGAGGACCUAGACCUGCCACCAGGGGGGCCCACCCAGAUCAUCUCCACCCGCCCUUCCGUGGAGACCUUCGGAGGCACAAGGGAUGGGCGGCCAGUGCUGAGGCUGGCCACUUGGAACCUGCAGGGCUGCUCAGUGGAGAAGGCCAACAACCCUGGGGUGCGAGAAGUGGUGUGCAUGACACUCCUGGAAAACAGGUGAGGGCGGGAACCCCCGGCGGCCUGGGGUGUGAAGGCACUUCUUGCAUGGCCUCGUCUGUGCAUGCAAAUGAGUGGACUUUUUUGGGGGGGGGGUAGGGAGAGGGCAAGAUUAUCCAAUCAGCGUUCUUGAGGCCCCAGCCGAUACUGUCACCUGUGGCUGAGCUCUCGUGCUCUAGAAUGUUCUGAAUACAGCCAUUUGGGCUUAUGGCCCAUAUCUUGAACGUGGUAUAUCUGAGGUCAGUUCAUAAUUUUGGGGCUAAGUGGAGAUUACGUUGGUGUUACUGCUUUGGAGAAUGUUGUUUGACUCAGAAGACUUCGUGGGGUUUAUACCAGAUCAGGCGCUCAGAGGCCUGGGAACUAUUGCACAGUUUUGCAUAUGAGAAAGAGCUAGUUGGAUUUUUUUUUUUUUUUUUAAUGAGAGGGAGAGUGACAUUUGUCUCACCAAAUAUGCCCAUUUGUGUGCACAAAAUCAUCUGAAAGGCCAAUUAUUUGCAAACACUAUACACUGUGUAUAUUCACCAAAAUGCUGUGAAUGAACCACUCCUCAUUCUUUUUCCUUAUUUAGCCUGAAGUUGGUGUUCAGGCCCACAACUGCAGCCCCAGAUGUAUGUAACCUCUCUUGUCCCGUAGCCAGGAAAGGUCAGGCUGACAUGUGGUGAAUACUGGCCAGAUUUUCCCAUUUGAACCCCAGGCGAAGAGACUUGUAGGAAGGGCUCUUACCCCAGCGUGUUUACAUUAUUCACAACAUCGCUCUCUGUAGGAACUUCCGUUAACUGCCCCCCCCCAUAAAACAAAACAAUAUGAUUGUAGCAGUAACUCCUGCUGUUAGUAAAAUAGUGUAGUGUAUCAUGUAAUCAGCUUUGGGAAGGAAAGAAAUAUUUUUAGUGGUCUCCUCUCCGUCAGAAAUCCUCUGAUCCUGGUCUUGAGGGAUCGUGCCCUGCCACCCGCCAGACAUGUAGUAUGUUUGUGGCCACCAGCUACUUUUCCUUUGCACUGGCUUGUCAGCGAGCCUGGCAGGGCAACAGUUCAGUGACAUGAAGUGCAUCCUCAGCGGGCAGUCGCAGUGCAUUGUGGCAGCGCAUCAGGAUAAAUGAGUGAGGAGGAAACCAGGUCACACCAUUUCCCUGGCACCGUCCCCGUGGCACUGUCAUCCCAGGACCGAGGGAUCAUGCAGCAGGGCAGAGAACUGGACCGGGAGAGCUCCUGAGCACUCCUCCUGCACGGCUGUGUCCUCCGUUUUGCACUGUAUGUAGCUCACUCCUUUUGCAAAAUCACCUUGUACACAGGUGAGAACUAGACUCAGCGCUGGGUGGUAUUUAUCAGGAAUGGGUUGAUAAUUGUUCUCCUCAUCCAUUAGCAGCAUAGGUGUGUGUAUGGGAAAGGCAGGGGGGCGGGAGAGGGAGGGAUGGCUGUUUAAUUCCUAUCCUGAGUUUUCUUGAGGCUCCGUUUGGGAGGUGAAGGGGGAUGAAUCAGGAUCUGAAGUUGCCCCAGGGAGAAUGACAGACCCGGCAGCUCUUGCCCAUUUACCGUGACAGUGAUUUUUCAAGUAUGGUGUCUGGACCAGCAUCAGCGUCAGCUACUGACUCAGAAACCCUGGGUUUCUGUGUUUUCACACACCCUCUGGGUGAUUGCAAUACGCACUGAAGUUUGAGCCCCAUUGUACUAUCUGCUGGGCAAUCAGCUGUCCCUGUGGUUUGCUCUGUAAGGCCCCUCCUCCCGCACUGGCUUUUCCGACAAGGUCUGUGAAUCCACGCAGAUCUUUCCAGGUACUAUGUUUUCUUCGAUUGUUCUGGUCAUCCCUGCAGUUGUUCGACCUCACGAUGCUCUUUCUGGCCAGAGUUUGAGGGACUUAUUCCACUUCUAGAACAGGUGAAUGUGACGGGUAGGAAAUGGGAGAGAGAACAGGGGCCGGUUGGCCUCACAGUGGGCUCUACUCUGCAGUGUAGACUUGGGUCAGCCAAGGGCGCACUGAGGAGAGCACUAGCAACUCUCGUCCAGCGUGGAGUUAGGAUUUGUCCUGGUAUUUUCCUCUUUGGAUUUCCUGGAGGGACGGUGAUUUGUUGAAGACAUUUAACGGCUGUCCUCCGGCAAGGGUGCUAGAAGAACUUAUCCGGACCUGGUAGGAUGGGGAAGGAGACACCUGUAAGUAACCAGGAAGGUGACCUAUAUCUCCAGCACGUUUCUCACACUUGGCUACCUAUGUUGUCCUGUGGCAUAGUGGUGUUCAGAGUGUUCUGGGCACUCCUAGCAUCUUAUUAGUGUCCGGUCAACAUACAGUAAUAGGCUUAGGGCUUGAUCCCCUGUAGAGCUGGAGUGGAUCCAUGUCUGUGUGACUGUCCCAGGACACCCAAACAUGGCUGCCUGUUCCUGAGUGGGUCACAUGUCCUCAGAACAGCAGUGCACAUUCCCCAAGAGCUGUGUGUUCAUCCUGAUUCACAAAAAUCUCUUGCAUUCCAAUUGAUCCCUUUAUUAGUAAGAGGAAAUGCAUGUAGUUUGAGCAAGAAUGGAUGCUGGUAAUUUUCUAGGUGGUUCUUAUUUUCCUACAUGUGUAUAUGUAAUACAGGUCUUCUUGGUAUUUUCUGAUACUUCCAUAUUCAUUUGGUUUCCCCAUUAACUCGGGAAGUAGGUAAUGCUUGUUUUUUAUUAUUGAUUCUCCAUCUCUGGGAGAGGAGACCAAAACCAAAGAAGUGAAGUGACUUGCAUCCGUCCCAUAGCUCAUUAGUGACCCAGCUGGGACGAGGACCCAGACUUUCUCACUUUAGUCCAGUGCUCUUUGCAGGCACGCUGUGUUUUGUAAGCACACUACCUUUACCCUCCCUCUUGUUGAGGCAUCGCACCCUCUGCCCAGUCAAGGGCACUUGCCAAUUUGUGUGCUAGUCACAUUUUAAGAAAAGAAAUCCAUUGUAAAGGCAUUAAAAAAAACAAAAACAAAAAACCUUGGCUCCACCUUUUCUGUAUAAAAUCGGUGAAAU